AAUCAUUCUCUGAGCCUGUUCAAAGAGUCAUGUUAUGUCUGUUUUUUCGCUCAAAGCAGAUUCUGGCUCGCACAAGGACGUUUUGAAAAAUAUUGCCAUCAAACUUCAGUUUUAGAUAUAAACUGCGAGGUUCUUCCAAAGAAUGGCUACCUCAUCUCUUCUCAUGUUGGUGGUGUUUUCUCUCACGAUAUCAAUAGUGAUGAUCAGCGGUGCAGUGGUCGACAAUUUGUCAUGCGCUAAUCAUGUCCAUAGGGAGUGCAAGUGUACUUUUCAUAAAUUUGUAUCGGGACCAUUGGACAAAACAUUGUGUUCUAAAUUACAGUCCUGCGCAAUGUGCCAUCAAGUUCCAAGAUGUCGGGAUAUGGAAUAUUUGCGCAAGUAUACUGACCUAUUAUUACUAACACUAAAAAUGGCAAAGGAAACGAAAAUCUGCCCUCACAUUGAAUAUCAAAAACUGCAAAGACUAUUCAAAGGACAUGUCAAAUGUGAUCCACUCAAACGAUAUUAUAUCUACGAUGAAUGUGGACAUCGUUAUCUGUGUARCCAAGGAAUUAUGUCGACAGGCACACGRAUACGUAAAGAAUUCACGGAAAUGAGCUUUGAUGAGCGCCGUCGAUUUGUAGAUGCUUAUUACAAAGCUUCUACUGAUCCUUACUACAAGGCAGAAUUUGAAAAGCUUCUUAAUAUACAUUCAGAGAUACCAAGUCAAUUUCUUCAUCAUAUGCCACAAAUCUUCUUCCCAUGGCAUAGAUGGCAUUUGUUGAAGAUAGAAAAUUUCCUGCGUCGCAUCGACUGUAGAGUAACAGUACCUUUUUACCAAUGGACGGCACGUGUUGACGAAAAGACUGUCUGGCGAGCGAGUAACCCCAAAGACGUAUGGCAUGGUGGUCCGGCAGGUCUCGGAGGAAAUGGUGUCCAACCUUCAUUAUGCGUGCAAGAUGGCAGAUUCAAAAAAGGCCAGUGGUGGAUGCCUAUAAGUAAAGGUGGAGGCUGUUUGAAAAGAGACUUUAAUUUUAAAUGUGAUCUUUAUAACCAGACACGAACCGAUGAGUUACUGAGAGGUUCGUUCCAUAAAUUCGAGUCCACAAUAAGGGAGGAACAUCAUGCAGCAUUUCACGACUGUAUCGGUGGUAAUAUGCCAGACAAUCGCGUGGCGUCUACCGCACCAGAGUACGUUCUCCACCACAGCUUUAUGGAUAAACUUUGGGACUCAUUCCAAAAGCGCGGCUUGAAGUACAAGUACGCAUACUACCCGUCAAUCCACUUUCGCAUGCCUUUUGCUGACAUGCGAGGAAUUCGCUUUCUUGACAAUGACGAUCUACCAGGAGACGUGUCCGUUGCUUAUCAAGAUAUGAAAAGUCACAGAUUUGUCAYGCACACUCCAGGGAAGGAUGAAACUGUACCAGGCCCAGAUCUCCCAUGGGAAGAUAAACCASAGCWGAUAAAGAYACUAAAAAGUAAAGAUAGGAAUGACUUGUCACAAAAAGAUACSYYCUCUCUUCCAAGCUUCUCACGGAAAGCUGCCAACGUGCUCGAUCCAGAUUCUAAAAGUGAAGAUAAGAUUGAUCCUGAAAUAAUGAAAACUUGAAUGGGAACUUGACUUCCCAGCAAACAAUUCCCAUUAGCACUGCCGUUACAAAUCCGUUCUACAUUUGAMACUAUCAUAUAGAAAGACAUCAAAGCUUUCUUGAUAUAAGAUGCACCACUUUUCCUCCUCAUUUCACAUCGCAAAAUGAAAAUUAUKAUUAUGACUAUGCAUGUGUGAAAAUAGCUCUACCUUUUUCCAGUUUGAAAAGGGUGAUUAUCUGUUCUAUGACAACAGAUUCUCGUGCGUAAAGAUGUUACGAAAAUCAAAGUAAAGUUUAGGACGAAAUAAUGUCUUUAUUGAAAUCUUUGCGAAAGAGAGUUUGUUGUCAUAUUAGACAGCGGUCACCGCAGAUCAAUAUAGGGUAAAUUUCGCAUGAGGUUUACAAAAAGUAGGGCACUUUCUUACGUGUGGCAUCACGACGAGGCUUCGUGGCCAUACCGUGAUCCGUGACACGUUCGAAUUCAAAUUUGAAAUAUAUUUUUCGUGGAGUUCCUGAGAAGUAUCCUUACACAAAAACGUGGAGUAUCUGAGAAAUAUCCUUACGCAAAAACGUGGAGUGUCYGAGAAGUAUCCUUACGUGACACGUGGAGUAUUACGUGAAACGUUGAAACGCUAAGGACGCCGUUCACGUCGUUACGUGACGGAUGUAUUUUUAUUUAAUCUUGUAAUCUUCUGAAGAAAUAAACACGGGUAACAUAAUGAU